AUGUACAAGCUAUACCUAGAGGAUGACAACGAAAAAGAUGUCCCUAAAAGAUUCAAGAGCGAUACAUGUAGCACUUGUGACGCAAAUUCAAAUACUGAGGAGCACGAGUCUCAAUACAAAUUUGCAUUUGAGCAACAGAAGAGGGAGAAAAACCAUGCUCGUGUUACAGAAAAUGUAUGCUAUGUUACAAUGGACUUGCAGCAAAAGCAACCUCUGUCCAAAAUAACAACCUCUAAAGCCUUUUACCUCUGCCAACUCUGGUUUUACAAUUUAAGUAUUCACUCUGCAACAAAAUCUAGAGAAAAACCAUAUUUUUUUACUUGGACAGAGGAUAUUGCAGGUAAAGACAGUUUCGAAGCUGGUAGCUCUCUUCAUACUUUCGUACAAUUCCUAGAUUCAUGCUCUGGGCAAAACAAAAAUUUUAAUAUGAUUGCCCUUUACCAGUACCUUGUUUUAAAGGGCAUGUUUAGAGUUAUCGAUCACAAAUUCCGCGAAGUUGGUCAUUCAUUCCUAGAUUCGGACCGAGAUUUCGGAAUGAUCGAAAAAAAUUUACGCAAAAGGGAAAACAUUCUUGUUCCCGACCAAUAUCGUGAAAUUAUCAAAUCGUCCAGUGUUAAAUCUGCUGUUGUAAUAAACAUGGAGAACGCUUCAAAGAUUUGGAGCAAAUUAUACCAUCAUUUCACCUGGUUAACAAGAAAAAAAACCUUCUAA